AUGGCAGAACUUAAAUUAACUCUUCCUAUUCGUGAAGUUCUUGGCUCACUUAUAAAAAAUUCCAAAGAGAGAAAACUUAACAAAAAAACACCGAACGCAUUUAUCCUUUUUCGAAAAGUAUGUACUCAAGAGUUAAGUUUACGAAAUUGCCACAUGAAGGCAAACGAGAUCUCAAAACUUUCUUCUGAAUAUUGGAAAAUUCUUCCCGACGUCAUCAAAUAUGAAUUUAAGCAAAUUUCGGAAGAGCUUAGGGAUAAUGCUCUGAAUAAAACUUCAUCAAAAAAAAUAAAAACAUCUAAAUAUAAAUUUAAGUCCGAAACUCCAAAUUCAUUCUAUCGAAAAACAACAAUGAGAACAUUCUCGAAUUCCAAGUCUAGAUCCGAGGAUUCAAACCACAGCAAUAACUCUAAGAAUCCGGUUAUCAAUAACGACACAGUCAAAGAUGUUUCAAAAAGCGAAAUUAUGGAAAAUCUUUCAGCUAGUUUGGAUAGUUCAGAGAUAAACGCAGAAAUUAUGCCAGAACUUCCUUUUUUGCAGGAAUUAGAAUUAACAUGGCAACAAAGCUUGACAUCAAUCCCACCUUUUAACGACGUCCUUGACGAAGGAUGCCAAUCCUUCCUUCAUAAGUUGGAAUAUAAUAUGAGUUUAGACCAAUCAGAUAUUAAUGAUAAUAAUUUAUACCACGAUUAUGAAGAUCAGUUAUUGGAACUCUUAUACCAACCAAACUUAACGGCUAUUGGGGAAAGUCAAUUCUUACCUUACACGUUUGGAAAUAAUAUGGAUCUAGAUCAAUUUUAUUACAUGUAUUACUAUCAUUAG